CCCCCAAAAGCUUCCGCCAUUCGAAGACGAGAAGCUUUGCUCUUUUUCCACUACACUUUCGUCUAGGGCUGCUUCCGACGAGCGAUUUGAGUUCCAAUGGCCUCGGUUGCAUUCCGAAACUCGACCUCCAAGCGCCUCCUUGCGCACUCAUCUCCGUUAUCAUGGUGUUGCAGAGGAUCCGCUUCCUCCCAUUCUUCCAUCUCCGAUUUGCUUUCCCGAAACGAUGGAGCAUCCAGUCCCAUUCCUUGGUGGAGAUCCAUGGCUACUUUCACUCGCACAAAGCCUCAUGUGAAUGUGGGGACAAUUGGACAUGUUGACCAUGGAAAGACUACACUGACUGCAGCUAUUACGAAGGUAUUGGCUGAUGAAGGGAAAGCUAAGGCUGUUGCAUUUGAUGAAAUUGAUAAAGCCCCAGAAGAGAAGAAGAGAGGAAUUACUAUUGCAACGGCUCACGUAGAAUACGAGACUGCCAAGAGACAUUAUGCACACGUAGAUUGCCCAGGACAUGCAGAUUAUGUCAAAAACAUGAUUACUGGAGCUGCUCAAAUGGAUGGUGGUAUCCUCGUUGUCUCUGGCCCUGAUGGGGCCAUGCCUCAGACUAAGGAGCAUAUUCUACUAGCACGGCAGGUUGGUGUUCCAUCACUUGUGUGCUUUUUGAACAAAGUUGAUGCUGUUGAUGAUCCUGAACUGUUGGACCUUGUGGAAAUGGAACUUCGCGAACUUCUCAGCUUCUACAAGUUCCCUGGCGAUGACAUUCCAAUCAUCAGGGGUUCAGCUUUAUCUGCAUUGCAGGGUACGAAUGAAGAAAUUGGUAAAAAAGCCAUUCUAAAGUUAAUGGAAGCUGUUGAUGAAUACAUUCCUGAUCCUGUUCGACAGCUUGACAAACCUUUCCUGAUGCCAAUUGAAGAUGUUUUCUCUAUUCAGGGUCGUGGAACUGUAGCUACUGGUCGUGUUGAGCAGGGAACUAUUAAAGUUGGUGAAGAAGUUGAAGUUCUAGGGUUGACUCAGGGGCCUCCUAUGAAAACUACUGUAACUGGUGUUGAGAUGUUCAAGAAAAUCUUGGAUCAAGGACAAGCUGGUGAUAAUGUGGGUCUCCUUCUCCGUGGUCUAAAAAGAGAAGACAUUCAACGUGGACAGGUUAUUGCAAAGCCUGGAAGUCUGAAAACUUAUAAGAAAUUUGAGGCCGAAAUAUAUGUUCUCACAAAAGAGGAAGGUGGCCGACAUACUGCUUUUAUGUCCAACUAUAGACCUCAAUUUUACAUGAGAACAGCAGAUAUCACUGGAAAGGUUGAAUUACCUGAAAAUGUUAAGAUGGUUAUGCCUGGUGACAACGUGACUGCAGCUUUUGAGUUGAUUUUACCCGUUCCCCUUGAAGCAGGACAAAGAUUUGCCCUGAGGGAGGGUGGUAGAACGGUUGGUGCUGGAGUAGUUUCGAAAGUUAUUAGCUGAGGAGGAGGCACUGCAGCCCAUGCACGUGAAAGCUCUUUCAAUACUCAUUACAAAGGUGUGGUCAAACAAUUUUUGAAGAUCCUUGACAAAGUGAUGCUAUAUUCGACAUUAUUUACAGAGUCGGUGUUGAUGAUUUAUUUGUUUUAGGCACUUGAGAGAUUAUUAGAAUGUUGUGUAAUUUGCAUAAAUUAAGGAAGUUCCAUUUUAUUGUUCUCAUAGCCCCGCCAAGAUGAUCUUGGUCCUCAUCUCUUCUUUCCGUUUUCAAGUUGGAUCACUAAUAAUUUUAGAGUACAUAAAUGAUGAUGGCAUGGUCAAUGCACGUUCAACUUAA